AUGAAGGUAGUGAACAGGAGAACAAAGUGCGGCUUUCUCGUAGCGCAGCAGCCAAGAAUGUUGCGCCCACGGUUUUCGAAGAGAACAAACAUAACUGCCUCCAUUCCAGAAUUAAAUCGCCAAAUCAGGAAACAGAGAUGGAAAAUAACCUUCGAAGAGAUAAAUGAAGCACUAAUGUCUGCAACAGAGCGCUGUAACAGUAUACCCUACAAGCAGUUAGGUGCAGAUUUGCUUGUCUUUACAAAAAAUGGUAUACAGAUGAUAACACGGUUCUGCACAUUUAAGGAUGAGCACAGCACCAAAUGCGAAGUCGCUCGUCAAGCGAUAUACAGAAAAGCAAGAGAACGAAAGACGCUCCGUUACCAAGUUACGCUGACAUUCAGGAGAUCUCAAACGGUCGAAUCUUUCCGUCAGCCUUUACAUGAAAAAGCAUCAACACCCACGCGGUAUAUUCCAUUUCCUUCCCCAACAUGCUGCUGA